AUGUACAAGGGUCGAGUCAACACCGGUGUGACCGCCAAUGUGACGGCCAAGAGCAUCAGCUGGAGCAUCAGCGUCUCAUACGCCGAAUCUGAGCGCUGGGUGGGCAAUAGAAACCCCGAAAUCUACGAAAACCCUCACCAAGAUGGCUUCGUAUAUUGCCUCACCCUGCCAAACAGCAACUUUCUCGCUCGCCGUUCCAUCAAAUGGGACCAGGAUGACCCAGUGGCGAAGGUGAAGCAUAUCAACCAGCUCUCCUUCUUGACGGGCACUUACGCCAUGGGCAAGCAGGCGCAAGGAGCGAUCGGCUACAACCAGCAGAUCCGCAUUGAUAUGCUUCUAUACCUGCUGCUUUACCCUCAGCAGCCGAUGGUCAAGACGUGGCACGUCGAGUUGAUCGGCUACAACAACCUGCCCGCUGGACAGAAAGAACGCCAUGGUCGCCGUCAUGUCGUCUUCAGGCCACGCUCCACUCCGGACAAACGCAGCUGA